GGUAAUUUGGUAAUUGGAAUUCAGUUGCAAUUCGGCUAGGCUAGCGGUAAUGUCCACAGCCCAUCGACAACUCCGCCCACGCUAUACUUUGCCGCCGUGCCGAUCACCCACACUCACAUUCACGUUCACCAGCAUCCUUCGCCUCUACCGUACGUACCUCUUGUGGCGUUUUUCAACCGGCAUACGGGUAAUUAGCUACCUACCUUUUACUUUCUUGUUAUUUUCUCUUCCAAGUCUGUUUUUUUUUUUUUUUUUUUUUCUUUUUUCCCUUCGACGUUCAAGUAGCGCUGUCUGUUUAUUCCUGCGACUUUCUUUUCAUUUGUGUUACAGUUCACUGUCGCCCCCUUUUUUGCAUGACAUAGCACUCUUCGCCGUGAUUACCUGCCUAUGUCCUUGGCUACAUCCAUCAGAAAUUCGAUACACUACCCAGACUAGGCCGACAACUUACCACGCCAUAGUCAUACUACCGACCUGGUCUAGUCUGCGUUUAUUUUCAACCCGAGCCGGUGUCUUGCAACCCUCGAGACACUCCCACCGCUCCCCGUGCGCAUUUUUCUUCUCGUUACCCCGUUUGCCGACAAUCAAUAAAACGACUUUUGCUUGCCAAUCCUUGUCAGCACGCCUCUUCGAACGCCGCAGCCCACCCCCGUCCGUGAGGCUCGGACCCAGCGCGCCACAGGUCAUGCAGGAUUUACAGGGCGCCAUAAUACCGGCGGUCGCUAGGGCUGCCAAAGACAUGUAUCCUCCCGAUGUCCAAGCAACUGCUAAAGCUGCCAUCUCGACAGCGUUAUCCGCCAGUCUCAUAGCGACCACGACCCCGACCCCGACGAUGACCGCUGUGACUGCAACGGCGACGGGCAGCCCACACGACGGGCCCGAGGGCUCGGGAGAAUGCCGGCUAUUGGGGUCUUUUGCCGUCUUGGUGCAGCUGGCACUCGGCGCCCUGGCCCUACUCGUGCUGGUCUACAAGAGGUGGAGGGAGCGCCCGCAAAGACCGGUCAAGAUCUGGUUCUUUGACGCGUCGAAGCAGGUCUUCGGCUCGGUCUUGGUGCACGGCGCCAACGUCUUCAUGUCAAUGUUGACGUCUGGUCGUCUUUCCAUCAAGGUGGAUCCUGCCGCGGCGGCGGCUGCUAGGAGAUGGCUGAUGCCUCGGGGCCAUGGUGCUGAUGCAGAGAAAUAUGUGCCAAAUCCAUGCUCAUUUUACCUGCUCAACUUGGCCAUCGACACGACGAUAGGAAUACCCAUCCUGAUCCUUCUCGUGCGACUUACAACUAUUCUUGUUUCCCGUACGCCGCUGGGCAAGCCAUCCGAGUCGAUACAGUCGGGCUUCUACGGCAAUCCUCCCAAGUGGCAAUGGUGGCUCAAGCAGAGCAUAAUAUACUUCUGCGGACUGUUUGGCAUGAAGAUAUGUGUCCUCAUAAUCUUCCUAGUGUUCCCCUGGAUCAGCCACGUCGGAGACUGGGCACUAGGCUGGACUGAGGGCAACGAGAAGCUGCAGAUUGUGUUCGUCAUGAUGUUAUUCCCACUCAUCAUGAACGCCAUGCAAUAUUAUAUCAUCGACAGUUUCAUCAAAGAGCGCACACAAGAUGAAGCCGGAGACGCGGCCGCAAGGAGACCUGGGCUUGGGUCUCGAGAAAGUUCAUACGACCGCCUGAGCGAAAGUGGUGACGAUGACCACGAAGAAGAGCUUGCGGAUAGAGGCAGCAGCCUCGGCGAAGGCAAUCGCGCAAAGGGGGGUAUCAAGGCGCCCCCCCGCGAUCGAGAAUACGACCCUGAGAUUGACGGAGACGAUGAGCGUACCGUAAUAGGAUCCGCCAGCACAUCCGGAAACCAACAGAGCCAGGCACUGUUGUCAAAGGGCCUCUUGCCACACGAGUAGUGGCGACGGUACGGUUUCGUUCGGCUCGUCUGUUUUACCUUUGAAUUCAUAAUCCUGAUUACAGCAUAGUGCUCAGUACAGCGCGCCGUUUUAGCUAAAGCAGCCGGAUCAGGCCCAUCAACAUGGCUAGAUCAACCCUUAUUUGUCAAGUCAUACCAUGUACUUGCGAUUCCUUCUGUUUGGACUUCCUCGAUUGUCAUCGUCAGUUUGCGUGGUUUGUCAUUAUUGUGGCGGUUCUGUUAGGAAAGCAUGUUAGACAUCUUGUAUCCGCAUUAUAUAUCCAUUUGAUAUCCAACGCUUUUGCAUCUCGCCGCCGACA